AUGAGAAUUUCAAAACCCAAGAAUGAAAUGAGAAUUUCAAAACCAAAGAUUGAAAUGAGAAUUUCAAAACCAAAGAUUGAAAUGAGAAUUUCAAAACCAAAGAAUGAAAUUAGAAUCUCAAAACUCAAGAAUGAAAUGAGAAUUACAAAACCUAGGAAUUCAAUGGGAAUUCCAAAACCCAAGAAUGAAAUGAGAAUUUCAAAACCAAAGAUUGAAAUGAGAAUUUCAAAACCAAAGAAUGAAAUGAGAAUCUCAAAACCCAAGAAUGAAAUGAGAAUUUCAAAACCUAGGAAUUCAAUGAGAAUUUCAAAAACAAAGAAUGGAAUGAGAAUUUCAAAAACAAAGAAUGGAAUGAGAAUUUCAAAACUCAAGAAUGAAAUGAGAAUUUCAAAACCAAAGAAUUCAAUGAGAAUUUCAAAAACAAAGAAUGAAAUGAGAAUUUCAAAACCAAAGAAUAAAAUGAGAAUUUCAAAACCAAAGAAUUCAAUGAGAAUUUCAAUACCUAACAACUUAAUGAGAAUUCAAUACCUUUCAAAAUCUAUUUAA